CCCAGAGUUGAAUUUGACCGAAGCGGUGAGGAACGAGUCGCCGACCACCGACCAUAUGGACACGCCCCUUUAAAACCCUUCUCAACACAUUUUGUGAGUCCAGUCAGAGACGCAUCUCCUCAACACAUUUUGUGUUUAUUCCACUUCUUAUCCCACUCUCUCUACCUUUUCUUAUCUAUUCGAUUCGAUGCCUUUUCUUUCAUGCUUAAACGUCUUUUAAAGGCCUCUGGAAAAGCAUAACUCCAACUGACAAGGCAGGCAUCUCAACUUUGAAAUAAGGUUUCUGAGAACAUUCCUUCGAAUUCUUAUUUGGGGUUUAUGGUCGCCCGCUGCUAGGAUUCUUAACUUCGCCUGUUUCCGCUACAUCAAAUCAUAUUGAGUUGCAUAUGUUGGGGCACUUCUUUAAGAAUUUUAGCCUACAGAGAUGGCAGCACUUCGCACAACCUUGCGAUCAGUUCCCUUUUGUGUUUAUCUUGUUCACAUUUUUUUGGAAUCAUGAAAACCAUAAAUAGUGUACACAAAUUGAUGCAGUAACUGUAUUUGUUUGUUUGCACUGACUGUAACAAUCAUAUAGUUUGAUUAUAAGAAUAGCCCUAAUUUUUCUAGGUCACGUUAAAAUGAAGAUGUUGGGUUCAUAGAUUGCGCUGUUUUGUUGUCUAAAGGUUUUUCACAAUGGUACUCUCUCUAUAUUACUACGCAUUAUUCUUCGUGAUGAUUAUCCUCUUCUUUUCUUCAAUGAGGGAUGUAAAACGUAAUUGUUUUUUUACAUAUUCUCGUAGGUUGGGUUAAAAGUUAGAACCAACAGAAGUUAAGCAGACCUUUGCUUUGAUAGAAUGUUAGGUCUCAUGUUGAUAAUAUUCUGUACCAUACUUGAUAAUAUGGACUCCAAUCAGUUUUUUGCACACAUUAGACCUAGAGCAUAUUUAUCCUUCUUUUCAUUCCCCGUGAUUCAUUCAUUACCUAUUCCAAUAUCUUUGUUUCACUCCUUAAAUUUUAACCUGUCAUCUUCUUCCAAUUCGCCCUCUGCUCAUUAUAUUAGUUUCCAGACCCCUACCGAUUUUAGUAGCAGUCAGGACCUCACAAACGAAAGUCUUCCACUGGACUUUAGCAGUUAUCCUCCACUGUGCAGUAGUCCCACCACUUUUCUCCAGAAAUAGAACAGCAGUCAGAUGAUGAAACAUGUUCUGCUGCAGUUGAAGUGAUAUGAUGCAGCCUGAAGCAGCAGCAACGCCAGAUGCUCCUCCUGUUAAUGAUAUCAAAUCGCUGCUGAUGGCAUCUGCCAGAGCACUUGAUGAAAUCGCUGUCCCCCAAGGUGGUUACUUUGGUGGAGCAGGAAUCGAACACCAAUUUAGCGCCCUUUUUCCCGUGGUUCAGAGAAGCCCUUGACUUUUACUCAGCCAUGUUCGAAUCACUCGAUGUUAUCCUUGAAAGGGAUAGGAAGGAGCGUAUCAAUGUGGAACAGCACUGCCUGGAAAGAGACCAAGUGAACGUGAUUGCUUGCGAGGGGAAGGAGAGGGUGGAGCUGCAUGAGAUGUUGGGGAAGUGGAAAUUAAGGUUCAGCAUGGCCGGGUUUCAACAGUACCCUCUCAGCUCCUACAUCAGUUCAGUCUUAAAGGGCCUCCUCAACUGUUACUCUGAGCAUUACACAAUUGUUGAGAAAGAUGGGGCUAUGCUAUUGCGAUGGAAGGAGUGAGACCUCAUCUCUGCAUCUGUUUGCCACUUGGUCUGUCAUUCAUAAAACGUGUUGCAAUGUUGUAUAAGCUUUUUGUGUAGAGAAAAAAUAUAAAAAUUAGAAGAAGAAAAAACUCAACUAUUAUUGGGAUCGUUGAAGCAGAUCAAUAUAUCUAUUCUUGGGAAUAAAUACAGAUAAUGCAUAGAAGAUUUAUGAUGAUUUUAAUUGAAACGUAAUCAAUGUGGCUUGGAGUAGAUCAAGAUUUACGAACCAACCAUUUGCUCUCAAUAGUUCUCUGUGGCCGAGUACCCGGUGUUUGGUUUUUUCUUUCAUUUUUGUUAACUACUGUAAUAGAUGUGUUCUUGCUUUAGAAAAAUGUUACUAGUGUCUUAUAGUGGUCUAUAUUAUGACGGUAAGAAAGGUUUGGUAGAAAUAUUAAAAUGAAUUGACACAUUUUCAC